CCAGUGGUCAGUCUGCCCAGCAGCAUCAAACACAGCUGGACUCCAUAUUUAUGCUGCUGGAGGACAACAUCAUCACUUUUGUGAAGAACGAGCUGAAGAAGAUCAAGAAGGUUCUGAGUCCAGAUAAGCCCCAGUGCUUGGAGUUUCAGAGGGAGGAUGAUGAGCAGAGGAGCAGCAGAGAGGCAUUUGUGAAGAUCACAGUGGACUUCCUGAGGAGAAUGAAGCAGGAGGAGCUGGCUGACCGUCUGCAGAGACCUGGAGUUUGUCAUCGUAAACCUAAGUCUGCUCUGAAGAAGAAGUUCCAGUGUGUGUUUGAGGGCAUCGCUAAAGCAGGAAACCCGACCCUUCUGAAUCAGAUCUACACAGAGCUCUACAUCACAGAGGGAGGGACUGCAGAGGUCAAUGAUGAACAUGAGGUCAGACAGAUUGAAACAGCAUCCAGGAAACCAGACAGACCAGAAACAACAAUCAGACAAGAAGACAUCUUUAAAGCCUCACCUGGAAGAGAUGAACCAAUCAGAACAGUGCUGACAAAGGGAGUGGCUGGCAUUGGGAAAACAGUCUUAACACAGAAAUACACCCUGGACUGGGCUGAAGACAAAGCCAACCAGGACAUCCAGUUCAUAUUUCCAUUCACUUUCAGAGAGCUGAAUGUGCUGAAAGAGGAAAAGUUCAGCUUGGUGGAACUUGUUCAUCACUUCUUUACUGAAACCAAAGAAGCAGGAAUCUGCAGCUUUGAAGACUUCCAGGUUGUGUUCAUCUUUGAUGGUCUGGAUGAGUGUCGACUUCCUCUGGACUUCCACAAAACUACAAUCCUAACUGACCCUAGAAAGUCCACCUCAGUGGAUGCGCUGCUGACAAACCUCAUCAGGGGGAAACUGCUUCCCUCUGCUCGUCUCUGGAUAACCACACGACCUGCAGCAGCCAAUCAGAUCCCUCCUAAAUGUGUUGGCAUGGUGACAGAGGUCAGAGGGUUCACUGACCCACAGAAGGAGGAGUACUUCAGGAAGAGAUUCAGAGAUGAGGUGCAGGCCAGCAGGAUCAUCUCCCACAUCAAGACGUCACGAAGCCUCCACAUCAUGUGCCACAUCCCAGUCUUCUGCUGGAUCACUGCUACAGUUCUGGAGGAUGUGCUGGGAACCAGAGAGGGAGGACAGCUGCCCAAGACCCUGACUGAGAUGUACAUCCACUUCCUGGUGGUUCAGGCCAAAGUAAAGAAGGUCAAGUAUGAUGGAGGAGCUGAGACAGAGCCACACUGGAGUCCAGAGAGCAGGAAGAUGAUGGAGUCUCUGGGAAAACUGGCUUUUGAUCAGCUGCAGAAAGGAAACCUGAUCUUCUAUGAAUCAGACCUGACAGAGUGUGGCAUCGAUAUCAGAGCAGCCUCAGUGUACUCAGGAGUGUUCACACAGAUCUUUAAAGAGGAGAGAGGACUGUACCAGGACAAGGUGUUCUGCUUCAUCCAUCUGAGUGUUCAGGAGUUUCUGGCUGCUCUUCAUGUCCAUCUGACCUUCAUCAACUCUGGACUCAAUCUGCUGGAAGAACAAAAAAUAACCUCCAAGCAAGAAACAGACUUUGAUUAUUUCAUAAAUGAUACUGACCAAUCUCUCCACCAGAGUGCUGUGAACAAGGCCUUACAGAGUCCAAAUGGACACCUGGACUUGUUCCUCCGCUUCCUCCUGGGCCUUUCACUGCAGACCAAUCAGACUCUCCUUCGAGGCCUGCUGACACAGACAGGAAGUAGCUCACAGACCAAUCAGGAAACAGUCCAGCACAUCAAGAAGAAGCUUAGUGAGAAUCUGUCUGCAGAGAAAAGCAUCAAUCUGUUCCACUGUCUGAAUGAACUGAAUGAUCGUUCUCUAGUGGAGGAGAUCCAACAGCACAGGACUUCAGGAAGUCUCUCCACAGAUAAACUGUCUCCUGCUCAGUGGUCAGCUCUGGUCUUCAUCUUACUGUCAUCAGAAGAAGAUCUGGAUGAGUUUGACCUGAAGAAAUACUCUGCUUCAGAGGAGGCUCUUCUGAGGCUGCUGCCAGUGGUCAAAGCCUCCAACAAAGCUCUGUGA